GGGCGAUCCGAUCCACUGAUAACAGUCCAUCCACAUGGAGAUUCACACACUGCAACUAUCCUGACCUGGAAGCUCAUUCAUUCACUUUACUACUUCCCGCAUUCCGCCAUCUCUCCUGCAACACUUCCGAAUAUUACAUGACUCGAUAGAAAAAGACACACUCGGUACUUGUUCUGGGGACUCUCCUGUGCUGGAGGUGUUCGACCGGGUCUCAAGCAACUGCUACGGGUCUGAGCAAAGAAAUCACAUAAUAUCUUCCGAUCGCACCCCUCUCGAUUUGCCGUCACCCAGACACGAUGGAGGACUUCAACAGUGAAACUGACAGCGACUACACCAGCUACUGGAGAGAUUGGUUUAUCUCCUCUCGUGGCAAUGAAUACUUUUGCGAAAUCGACGAGGAUUACCUCACGGAUCGCUUUAACUUGACCGGCCUGAACACCGAAGUCGCAUACUACCAGUACGCCUUGGACCUGGUGACGGAUGUCUUCGAUCUCGACGCAGACGACGACCUCCGCGAGCAGAUUGAGAAGUCAGCACGCCACCUUUACGGCCUGGUCCAUGCGAGAUACAUUGUCACGACUCGCGGGCUUGCCAAGAUGGUCGAUAAACUUAAGCGCGGCGAUUUCGGCAAAUGUCCCCGAGUCAUGUGUGAGGGCCACCCCCUCUUGCCGAUGGGCCAGCACGACACCCCUAAUAUCAGCACGGUCCGUCUUUACUGCGCUAAGUGCGAGGACGUCUAUCACCCGAAGUCGUCUCGCCACGCCUCCAUCGACGGAGCUUACUUCGGCACCUCUUUCCACAGCAUGCUUUUCCAGGUGUAUCCUGCGCUGAUGCCGGAGAAGAGCAUUCGUCGCUAUGAGCCCCGCGUGUUCGGAUUCAAGGUGCACGCCAGCGCUGCCUUGGCUCGCUGGCAGGAUCAGUAUCGCGAAGACAUGAAGACGACUCUUCGCGAUGUUGGAGUAGAGGUCAAAUACAUAGAAGACGACAGCGAAGACGAUCUGGAAGACGACGAUGAUGAGGCGAUCUCGGACACCAAAGAAGAGGAGAAGGUUAUCGGUGACGCUGCUUCGGGCCGCAUGGAUCUCGGUAA